CUUACUUUGAAGCUUAUAUUUACGCGGACGUUCUUUCUUCUAUUAGAUCUGCCUGUUAUCACCCUAUUUUUUUUCACCACUGCGCUAAAGGUGUCGUCGUGAAAACAGGUUUGCAAUGGUUGUGCAAUAACAUUAAUAUUGCUUGGCAGGAGUCUUUGACAUGUUACGGCUUACCAUGAGGUCGUGCUCAAAUCCAGCCCUGUAGAGUUUCAUAAUGUACCUGUGACCUCGGGCAUACCCUCCUUCAGCUGGCAUGUCCUACCAAGCGCACAAACGGUAGGAAAGAUAUAAUCCCAGCACUGGGAGGACCUAUCUUCAACAACAUGGCUACACCCACAGUGUCAACAUUCGUUGACGCUGUGAUCCUGCGCCCUAUCGUCGUGGCUAUAAACACCCUUGUGCUCGCAUCCCUCAUGUCCUACGUGAUGGCUGAACAGCUUGAAUGGAGGGCGAUCACCGUAUGCGUUACAUGCGACAUUCUUGCUGUCGGCGUCGACCACUUUAAGGAUCAAGAAAUUGACAUUCGCGCUUGCGGCGCUGCUGUCGUAAAACGUUUCGCCCCCCUGUUCUACUUUGCACGCAUUUUUUUGGUCUUAAAUGCAUCGCUGCUUGUGAUUGCUUUAUGUCAAAGUCCACCAAAAAUGACAAUUGUCACUGCAGUUUUUACUGCCCCCGCUUUUCUGUGGGCGACGCCGCUUUAUCCUCAGAGGAUUGGUGCAGUAAUGGAGAGGUUCAUACGUGCGAAGCACGUCCAAGAAGUGGGGCAUAAUUCAUCCAUACCUGGUGGUCCAUUCAUCAUCAAACGAAUUCCUGGUAUGAAGGCUAUAUUUAAUGGCAUCAUCCGAGGUUGUGGGAUAUUCUUCGUCGUCCACUCGGCCCUGCAGGAAUUAUGGAAGUCAGACUACAACGCGCUCCCAUGGUCGAUCAUCGAGACUGUCAUUUGGUCGACAGUCAAUCGCAUUUGUCACUCUAUUAUGACAGACGUGCGUGACUUUGACGAGGACGAGAAGGCAGGAGUCCCGACCAUACCUGUUCUUCUAGGAUCCCCCCUUAAGACUCGGAUAGUCUUGACUAUUGUUCAAGCAGCCGUUAUGAUGGCAUUUCUCGGCAACCCAUACAUCUUAGGGAGUUCCUGCUUCGCGAUUGCUCUUGUUUGGGUCUUAGGGAAAGAUUCUCCGAAAGUGUAUUUCCUCUUCAGCAUUCACUCACAGUCAAUGUUCAUUGUUAUGUACGCUGUUAUAAAAAGCUGUUCUCUCUAGACUACUGGUAUGCAUCUUAGAGUUGCGUUUUUAAUAUGAUCUUGGGCACGCU